GUUUCGUUUUGGUAUAGCCAAGGAGGAAGAUGGCGCUGCGAGGGCUAAGUUGGUGUGUUUCCUUUGUACUUCGUCCGUCACGACGAACAGUAUUUUGUGUGGCAGAGAAACCAAACUGUUUGACAUGCAGAGUUGAAGCUGGCCAAGUAUUUCAGGUUUCAGCCAGGCAUUACCUGUUGUCAGAGGAUGUGGUGAGACUGGAAAAGUUUCAGAAGAUGAAACUUGCUGUGGCCCAACAAGUGUCUGGAUCAAAAGGGCAUUUCUUUAAUACAAUAAAUCAGAAAAUAAAAACUAAUCAGUUGAUCUUGAAGGAUGAAUUGAAGUUGCUUCUCCUUCUCUGCCAGUCACCUGAGGAUAUGGUUGCAGCUAGAAAUGCUAUCUACAGGUACCAUGAAGAAAAUUGUAAUAUGGCAUUUGGAGAGUUCAGGUUUGGACCUGUGUUUAUGAGGCUGUGUUAUGAGCUGGGCCUGGCAGAUUUAGCACUCACGACACUAACUGAUAAGAGGCUAAAAGGAUUCUUUUCAGACUGUACAUCCUUUAAUCUGGGCAUGGAUCUGCUGUUCAGUCAAGGGCACUUUGAAGGUGCGUUGGAGCUGAUGUGGGAGAUGAAAGCUCAAGAUGUUGCUUUCAACAAGGACACAUUUACACUGGCAUGUGCUACCUGCUACAAGCUAAACACUCCUAAGUCAUACCAGAUCUGCUUGACCCUGCUGGAGGAAGGUCAGGCCAAACUCUGCUUCAUUCCUAGACAUGCUUAUUGUAUUGCGGUUGCCUUUGCCAUCAAGCAGGAUGACCUUGACCAAGCACGGAGUAUCUACUCUCGGAUCUUGAACACGGACAGCAGACUUUGCCAAAACCUGAGUGUACUUCUGUUAGCUUGGGCAGGAUCAGUGGAAGAUGCAGUCUCUGUCCUCACAACAGCCCUGUUUUCAGAUAGUUUAGUGUUUGUAAAGAAGCCACACUUCUGCCAGGAAGUGGUUGAUGUGCUGAGAGAGAGGAGUGAAAAUGGGCCAUGGAGAGUGCAAGUUGAGCAUCUGGUUAAGCAGCUGCAGCAGGCAGGUCAGGUGAAUCCACAAAGGCUAGACCACUUGCUGUUCUGCACUCCUACAGGGAAAAGGAAGCCUUUGUCUUUUCUGAAGGAGGGGAAUAGGAGGACCAGCAGCCGAAGGACUCGGAGAUUGUUGUUAGAGUGAACACACACACAACGAUGGUCAUGGCCACUGCUGAAGUUAAUAAAUUGAGUACUGAUGCAUCUGUUAUUAAAGCCAUGUUUUGUAGAACUGUGAAGGGGUGAGGUCCACAAGUUGGCUAUCAAGAGUGUCUCGAAAACGUUGGCAUUCGAUCCGAGGGUUUCUGCAGCAGGACAGUGGAACUUGGGUAGAAAAUUAAGUUCUCAGAAAAUUGAGUGUAUGGUUUUUGUCUAAAUAUUUUCCUGUACUCAUAGGCUGCCUUUAUUAUAGUGUAUUAUAAGAUGUAGUUUUGUGUUAAAAUGACCAGGGCCUUUGUGUUGCAUUUAAAAAAUAAUAAAGGUAAAGAAUAUCUGAAUAGUUA